AAUGGUGCGCGUUUAGCUGUGGUGGGACGCGGUAGGGAUAUCGCUAAUGCAAAGUAUUCGGAUUGGGUGAGGCUUAGGAAGGAUUUGGAGAAGCUGAGGCCACCUUCAACUACUGAGCUUCUAUUGUCAAACAAUGGUGAUCACAUCUUAGAAGGAUGCCUAACGAAUUUCUUUGUUGUUUGUGGCAAGGAUGAAUGUGGAGAGAUUUAUGAGCAGAAUGAUUUCGACUAUGAAAGAUCUGUCGAAGUACAGACAGCUGCUGUUAGUGAAGGUGUGCUUCCUGGAGUUAUACGCCAAGUAAUAAUUGAGAUAUGCUUGAGGAAUGGGAUCCCGUUUAGAGAAGUUGCGCCAUCAUGGUCACAGCAUAACAUGUGGAGAGAAGCAUUCAUUACAAAUAGCUUGAGAAUUAUAGAACAUGUAGAGACAAUUCUAGUCCCAAGUUCAUGGAAAUCCAUGGAAUCAAAAACUUCAACGGAAAUAAGAUGGGAGGAGAAACAAUUUGAGGUCACUCCCGGGAGGGUAACAUCAAUAAUACAGAAGGAGGUAAUGGAAAUAGCAGGAUUUGAAGCAUACCCAGUUGCUUUAUGCAAAGACUGAUACUCUUGCAUGGUCGAGGGAACAACGAUGAGGCAACAUAUUAAAAGCUAAGAACACGUUUAUAAUGGGUUAUCAAAAGGCUGCAUACAUCUGUAAGCUGUGAGAGGGAAAUGGAGUAUCAGAAUUACCAUAUAUGAUGGUGGCCACUAUGAGAUUCAAUGCUUGACAAAUCUGAUGAAUACUGUGGUGUUAUGAUCUUCUCGACAGACAUGUACGACUCAGAUGCCAUUUAUGGAUAUUAUACCAUCUUAUGAUUUUAUGCAAUACUGAUGAAUAGGGUGGUCUCAUGAUCUUAGUACAUGUCUGGCUUUCUCCCUGUUUGUCAUUUUAGGGAGAGAUUAGAUAGAUGUACGAAGCAAAUGUCUCAAAAUUUUAAGACUCUGUGUAUUGUGCCAUCUGAAAACGCAAACCGAACUAAGACAAUGGCCUCAAUAUCUCAAGAAAAUAGUAUGAAUUCAACUUCUAUGCAUUCUUUUUCUCUUUGUA